UCCUCCGGCGUUUCUUCUUCAUAUUAUCCCCUGGGGCAUCCAAAAAUCGAAAGCUUCUCCCACAAUCUUCGACUCAUAGGAACAAUCUCAAACAAGUGUGGAGAGGAAUUGAGAGGAGGGAGAGAAGACAGAAGAGUUGAAUCGAGAGGUGGGCUUUCGGGGAUGCGCGCGAGGACCAACAAGCGAGUAUAAGAACGAGAGGACGAGCGUCGCGACGCAUCAUUCGUCCCCCAGAAGUGACCAGAACCCAUAAUUCGAUUCAUCCCCCUUUCGCACUGACUUGUAAGUGAUCAAAUAGCAGCAUGAGCACUUACCUGUGUCUCAUCGUGGCUGUGUGCACCCUGGGGUCAGCAAACUCCAAGAUAAUACCGUCCGAUGAGUUGACAUCGCUCCAGCAACAGAUACCUUAUGAAUUCAUGGAGAAUGCUGACUUCAAUGGCUACAAUUUCAAGGGCAUUGCGAGAGUCAUUCCUCAAGCUAUAACAAUUUCAGAUUGCAUAUUCAUGACGUCAGAGACUGGCAGAUUCACUUAUCAAGCGACGAACGAGGAUGCAACGGUCUGCGGUGCGUACUUCCUCACGGAGCCUGACAAAACCCUGGAAUUGAGUUUUCUGUCCUUCGACGUACCGUGCGAGCAGGACGGCCUUGUCUCGGUCGUAGACGGUUGGGAAUUGAACGGCGAACUUUUCCCGUCACCGAUGGAUCAUCCUCUCCCAUUAAAAGAGCGUUUCGACGAGUUUUGCGGUAAACGCGUUUCGAAGACUUACGUCAGCACGCAGAAUGCAAUCCUCAUACAGUACAGAAUACCCGUCAGGGGUAAGGGUUUCUCGGUUUAUGUGAGAAGCCACAAAAAUCCAAGUCCUUGUAACGUGCUUGCAAACAGUACAACCGAUGCAUUCACUCUCCGGAAUUACGGACAGCAACUUAAUUGCACCCUGACGGCUAUUUAUCCGUCAGUGGUGAGGGUCAUAGCCCUUGACGUUGGUGGACGGAGAACGAGACCGCCAAUCAGACAAAUGGAAACUGGCACCGUUCACGACUGCAAUAAACGCGGUUUGCCGGAUCAAGUGCAAAUUGGAGGUAAUACGGGAUUGGACACAUCAAAAAUGGAAGUGGUUGACUCAAUAUGCGGCGUUGAUUCAAAGCCUGAUGCAGACUCGAGAAUAAUUGGAUGUGAAGUGACGUCGGUGAGGCUUGUGUCCAGCGGUUUAUUUGACAACUCUGUUACUGUGGUGAUGCGACCGGCCGUGGACGAUGAGAUACUAGCUGCAAAUGUCAUUUGUGCAUUGUAAUGGAUGUAUCUGUGUAUUGAACUCGAUGGACGAAGGUGAACUGCGAAUAUAAAUGUCACUGGAUACCAACUAAGAAUCCCGUUGAUCGUCUGUCCUCAAAAA